UCUUUCGGGCAAGGUAACUUUCGCUUUUUUCGGCUUACACGCUUGCCGGCCAGCUAAUGGAGUUGUCUGGCUUUCAGGAGAAUCACAGCCAUGCGAAGUGGCCUAGAAGAGUUGAGGUGUUGGCCGGGCCAGGAACAUACCUGUACCUGCGUCACUCUGGCCACUUCUGAUUUGUAUAAUUUGGCAGCGGGCUGUCGAGUUGAGGGAUACGAUAUGCCAAGUGCUUGACGGGGGAAUGGAAAUAGGAAGGCAGCCAACCAAAUCCCACGGCUGUCCCGUCCAACUGACCGUUGAAAAUUGGAAAAAUCGCAACGGCCAGUGAAGAAGAAAAUUGCACAGACAGGGCUGAAACCAGAGAAACGCAAACCGAAAGCAUUUUUCUUUCUUUCCAGAAGCACCAUUGUUUUAAUUUACAAUUGUGACAAGUCGGUCUAGAGGAUGGAUGGUUGACUGCCCGCCAAUCCCAUUCAUUUCCCCCUGGGAAAGUGCCCCCCAUGGAAAUGUGGUCUAUAAAAUAUGACCAGGUAAUUGUCAAGGCCUUUAGUUGAACUUCUACCGUUUUGGCAACAUGUUUCGCAUUUUUCCGCUUCUUUGUCUUCUGCUCUUUUCGGUAGUCCGAUCGGAGAACUGCGAUCAGGACUCGAACUCGACCACCUUAUAUUGUCGCGGCGAAAGGGCUCUGCGAAAUGUCCUUCGUAAUCUCAAUCGCAGCGAUAAGCCCUUGGUUGUGAUAAAAGGUUUGGAAAUAGUUCCUCUUCAGAACAGCUCUCUGGUUGAGGAGGAGGAGAAUCAUAGUCUGCUGGAUAGUAUGUCCUUGUACUUGCGAACCCACGAAGUUAAUGUGAAGCUGGCCGACUUAUUGGAGGAUGAAAGUGGAGCUCAAGUUUCAGAAGCUCGCAAAAAGGACAAAGGCCAGGGAAUGCUUUUGGCCAUGGCUCUGAUGUUUGGCAAAAUGAUGGCCGUGAUGGGAUUGGGCGGAAUCGCAGCUCUGGCCAUGAAGGCUCUGGGCGUGGCCCUUAUGGCCCUGAUGAUGGCCGGAAUCGUUGGCCUAAAAACGGCGGCCCAGCACGGAGGAGAGACCAGUCACAGCAUUUCCUAUGUGACCGGCGAGGGCCACGGACACCAUCAUAAGCGGAGACGACGCGCCACAGGACAUCAACCUUUGGCCUAUAGAGGCUGGAACUGAGCUGAAAGCGAUGGACAAUGUUUUUGUUAGAUCUUAUGUAGCGUUUAAAUAAUUUAAUAACUUAUUCA